AGCACUAUGGGAGCUGGGAAUCUUCCAGCCAUCACCCAAGAAGAAGUUUUACGUAUGUGGGGCUUUCAACCUCCAUUUGAGGAUACUAGGUUCGGCCCCUUCGCUGCUUAUGGGGAGGUUGCAAAUUCGAUGCUUAUGAGGUGGUGUAGACAAAUUAAUGACCGCUUCCAUGUAAAAGGAUGUGCAUAUGUUCUAUAUAAGCCUCAUGGGAAGAAUAAAACAGCUGGAGAGACUGCUUCCGGGGACUUGUUGAAGUUAACUCAUGGAUUGAAAGAUGAAUCAUUAGCUUACAUCUAUCAUUGCCAAAAUCAUUAUUUUUGUCCAACUGGCUUUGAAACAACCCCUGUUAAGGUGAAUAAAGCAUUUAGCAGGGUUCCCCUCAUACCACAGGAAGCAGAAUAUUGUAUCUUAAUUGGAGAAUCAAGCAGAAAUCCUGCUAUUCACUGCACAAAAUGGGCAGAUAUUAUUACUGAUCUAAACACUCAAAAUACAGAAUAUUUAUAUAUCUGGCACCUAGAGAGGGGGCUGCAGUAUCAAAAGACAAAGAAGGUUGGAGGAAAUUUGCAUUGCAUCCUAGCAUUCCAGAGACUUGGCUGGCAAAGAUUUGGCCUUUGGAACUUUCCAUUUCGAACCAUUAGACAGGAAUCACAGCCUCUAACACAUGCCCAGGGAAUUGCCAAAUCUGAGAGUGAAGACAGUAUCUCCAAGAAGCAGCACAGAUGCCUGGGCCAGUCUUUCAGUGCUAGUUUCCAUCAGGACUCAACAUGGAAAAAGAUGCUCAGUAUCCACAAGAGAAGGAACAGUGGUUACUACCAUGGUUACAGUGAUUACGAUGGGAAUGAUUGA